AUGGGAGAUAUAGGCGUCGAUCGGGUAGAGCUUCUCUCGACAUACAUCUUCAACUGUGCUCGAAGUCGCACCCGCAAGUUAAGUCAGGAGAACGAUGCCGAGUCCGAAGCAUCAAGCAUCGUUUCAGCUUGCAGAGAGCUCGAAUCACUCCUAUCGCCCCCUGAGGAUUGGAUUGGUCGAGUUGCGGGGUCUUACAACAAUGGCGUCGCGCUUUGCAUGGUGCUCGAUUUGGAAAUUCUCAAGAUUCUCUCAGAGCAAGAACUCACUUCACUGGAAAAACUAGUCCAGAUCUCAGGAGCAUCACCCUCACUUUUAAGAGGUGUCAUGACACAAUGUGUGCAUAGUAAAAUCUUCGACGAGCCUUUACCGGCACAGUAUAAACUGAACAGUCAUUCCAUACGCUUGCUGGUCCCAAACUUUGCAUCGUGGAUCCAUUACCUUGUUGACGAUGGUUUCCAAAUGGCAUCCCGCAUCCCCGGAUAUGCCUCCAAAAACAAAUUCCAAAUCCCCAAUGAUCGACACGAGACCGCAUUCAGAAUGGCUUUUCAGACCAACAAACCUUUCUACCAGUACUACCACACGGUCGACAAAGCGCGAGGCAACCGCUUCGACAGCGCGAUGGAAAGAUACUUCCACCGGUCGACUCAAACACCGAUUGAAGAUUUCUUUGAAUUUGGAAAAUUGCCCCCUGCCGCCAGGGUAGUCGAUGUGGGAGGUGGUAGGGGUCAUCACUCGAUUCGACUUGCCAGCCAAUAUCCGCAGCUGAGCUUUAUCAACCAAGACCUUGGCAAAAAGGACCCUACGUUGAAAGAAACCAUGGACAAAAGCAUUUUGAAGAGGGUCACUUGGCAAGAGCAUGAUUUCUUCCAAGAGCAGCCAGUUCAAGGAGCCAGUGUUUAUAUGCUCAGCCAUAUUUUGAUGGAUAAUACUGAUAGUGAUGGCUGCAAAAUACUCCAGAACGUUUUUACGGCCAUGACGCCAAACGAGUCAAUCUUGUUGAUUGAUGAUUUCCUUGAUCCGGGGAAAGAGGGCACGUUGCCAUUGAAAGCGAACACUCUCAACUUGCACCUGAUUGCAGCUUUUGGGCGGCCAUUUCGAACUAUGGAAGAAUGGGUUCAUCUUUUUGUGAGAGUUUCUCCUUCGCUUCGUAUUAUCUCUACAUCGGUAGUUGGGAAUGGAAGGGUGGUUUUUAAGCUAUUACGAGAAGGUUGA